AUGGGCAUUCCCGAUGACAUUCUCCUCGCGGAUGCCGCGGGGAGGAUCCCUUCUGGGAUGUCGCUCGAGUACCUCGCUGAGUCGCGCGAUCGCCCGGCCAUUGUGGCCAUCGUAUUCCUGGUGUGCUUCACCGGGGCGAUCAUGAUAGUGCGUCUCUACGCACGGAUAUGGCUUGUCAAGAAACUCGGCCUCGACGAUGCUUUGGCCAUUCUCACCAUGAUGAUUUACAUCUCCUUUGUCGUUCUGUCUCUCGUUCUAAUUGAUUUGGGGAGUGGUCGCCAUAUGGAUUACAUUCAAUAUGUCCUGGCGAUGCCCACGGUGCGCCAGACUGAGGUUCUGGAUUUCGUUGCGCACAUUCUCUACACCACUGCGCUUUUCUUUUGUCGACUAUCGGGUUUGGCUUUCUACCAUCGCCUGGCUGCACGCUCCAGCCAACUACACCUUGUGAUCAAGAUUGCAGCCGGCUUCCUAUUCGCCGCAUACCUUCCCCAGCUGUUUCUACUGAUAUUCCACUGUCGACCUGUAACAGGACUAUGGCCCUACCCCUGGCAGGAAGAACCAAUCAGCUACAACUGUCUUACUUGGGGUCUGGUCUACUCAGUCAACUCCGGCGUUUCAUUGACCUGCGAUGUGCUAAUGUUUAUCAUCCCGACCAUACUUAUCAAGACACUCCACGUCUCCCUCAAAAGGAAGGCCCAACUCUCUCUCGUUAUGUUUCCAGGUGUGCUUGUCAUUGUCAUUUCCGCCGUCCGGGUUUACCUUGUCGCAGUGGGCCAAUGGGCUGAUGACGGUAGUUGGGCUUACAAUCCCAUGAUGGCCAUUGAGAAUGCUGAGAUUGCAGGCACCUUGAUCGCGCUGUCUGUACCGGCUUUGAAGCCAGUUUUUGGGAACAUAUUUACUCAUCUGACCGAGUACACGGUCUCGACGCGCAACCGGUCUAAUAUGAAAAGUCAAUCGAAGCCUACAUCCGGGUUAAGGUCUAGGGCUAGAGACAGUAAGCGCCUACUAUCUUGGUCCAAGCACGGUUAUGAAGACUAUGAGAUGAUGGGCUCGGAGACUAAUAUACCCCCAAGUGGUCCGGUACAGUCAUCGGAUAAAAAUAUCGGAGUUACCACCGAUGUCUCUAUAUUCCAUGGACAGCAGGAGGCGGACCAGAGACAUAUUGUGUAG